GCGACACCAUUGGGUUCUUCGAGUGAAAAGUGUACCAAUGCGAAAUCUAGCUUGAGUGUUAGCAGAAGACCUGUCAGUUCUUAUAACAAGUUUGUGUGUCGGAGCCACAGCACCUUCGCUGUUGUCGUUAGGCGACGAUCUGCUAAGAUGGCAGAGCUAAGGCACCGCGGAGCCAGAGACCCUGACCCAGCGUUACAACAGCAGCCGUCAGAGGACAAGGGUUCAGACAGUGAGCUGAAGGUGGAAAAAGAUGGGGUAUUAGACGGCGAGUCAAAGGUGGAUUCAGGGGUCCCAGAGGUGCCCGUCCCUCCUGAUGACACCCCCGAGGUUCUAAACAAGGCCCUGUCUGGACUCUCCUCAAGAUGGAAGAACUGGUGGGUACGAGGCAUCCUCACACUAGCCAUGAUCUCCUUCUUCUUCUUCAUCAUCUACCUGGGCCCCAUGGUGCUUAUGAUGAUUGUCCUCUGUGUUCAGAUCAAGUGCUUCCAAGAAAUCAUCACCAUUGGCUACAGUGUCUACCACUCCUACCACCUGCCCUGGUUCAGGACAUUGAGCUGGUACUUCUUGCUGUGUGUGAACUACUUCUUCUAUGGUGAGACGGUGACAGAUUACUUCUUCACGCUGGUGCAGAGGGAGGAGCCGCUUCGCAUCCUCAGCAAAUACCACCGCUUCAUCUCCUUUGCCCUCUACCUCACAGGUUUUUGCAUGUUUGUGCUGAGUUUGGUGAAGAAACACUACCGUCUUCAGUUCUACAUGUUUGGUUGGACCCAUGUGACUCUGCUGAUUGUGGUGACUCAGUCUCACCUAAUCAUUCACAACUUGUUUGAGGGGAUGAUCUGGUUCAUUGUGCCAAUUUCCUGUGUGAUCUGUAAUGACAUUAUGGCCUACAUGUUUGGUUUCUUCUUUGGCCGCACCCCUCUUAUCAAGCUGUCACCUAAGAAGACAUGGGAGGGAUUCAUUGGUGGAUUCUUCUCCACCAUUGUGUUUGGCAUCAUGCUCUCCUAUGUGAUGGCCGGCUACCGCUACUUUGUGUGUCCAGUGGAGUUCAACAAUGACUCCAACAGCUUCCAGGUGGACUGUGAGCCAUCUGACCUUUUCCAGCUCCAGGACUAUGCCCUGCCCAGCAUCCUGGAGUCUGUGACUGGAUGGACCACAGUGCGCCUCUAUCCAUUCCAGAUCCACAGCAUUGCUCUCUCCAGCUUUGCCUCCAUCGUGGGACCCUUUGGUGGGUUCUUUGCCAGUGGCUUCAAGAGGGCCUUCAAGAUCAAGGAUUUUGCCAACACUAUCCCGGGUCACGGCGGCAUUAUGGACAGAUUCGACUGCCAGUACCUCAUGGCCACAUUUGUUAAUGUCUACAUUGCUAGCUUCAUCAGGGGCCCCAAUCCCAGCAAGGUGAUCCAGCAGCUCCUGGCCCUCCGUGCUGAUCAGCAGCUCCACAUAUUCAACUCCCUGAAGGCCCACCUGACAGAGAAGGGCCUGCUGCCAGCGCUGGAGGAGGCCGUCGCCUAGAUCUGCCCACACCCACACACCGGCUCACCCUGAAGGGGAAACAGGAGGGCAGCACCCGAGGGUUCUGUGCAGCCUUGGAGGUCUGGGAGUAUCGCAGUGCUUUGUGUGAGCGAGAACACAUCUGAAGGAAAAAAAAAAAAAGGACCAACAACAAAGAAAACCACAAAAAACUACAGCUUUGCGUCAUUCCAUUUUAUUUGGGUAUUAGAGUCGUGUGUGUUCUUUUUUCAUAUAGUCUGUGAAUCAUAUUUCUGACAGCAGUGUUUUCAGGUUGAGUUGUGAAUUACUGAACUGUUACACAUUUCCAUCAUAGCCAACUUGUAUCUUCUCACACCGUUCAACAAAGUGUUGGUCAGCUGUACACCUCUACCUGUAUACAGGACAUCCUUUAUAUACCUAUUAGUGUGUGUUAAUAUUUUAUUGUACUUUUUGUUUUUUGUUUUAAUGCACUGCCGUCAACCCUGUUACUCACUGUAUUGUUACUUCAGCUGCACCCCCCCUGAAAAGAUACUUUUUAAUUUUCUUUGUUGUGAUUGUUUCUAUUUAUUAAUAGAUGGUUUUUAUAUUUGGUAUGUUAGAUUAUAUCUUAAGUCCGUGUCUGUUUUAUUCAGACUGAAUUCACUCUUGCCAUCUACUGUGUGCAUUUAUGUGUGCGCGUCUUUUUCCUGUGUUUGCUGCCAUUCAACAUUUCAAAGCCUCUCAUGCUCGGCCAAAUCAUUGUCAUCAUAUUACCAUGUGUCAUCAUGCAGAAAUGUAAGAUGAAAAGUGAAGUUACACUGAAAUAUUUGAUUGAAUCUGACAAACGCAGAAUCCGGUCUCUGAGUCAGAUGUUUCCCCACGGUUGGUGGUUUUGCGCAUUAAGGAGCUGUGUAGCUGUGCUCCAUGAAAGAUGGUCUUGUGUGGUGAAUGAAAACAGAUCUCUGAAGGCCAGAGGGAUGGGCACAAUCUGGAAACAAUCUCCCUUCCCCUGGUUGCUAUUUCAUGGCAAAAGCUGAAAGAUUCUCAGAGAUAGAUUGCAGUAUUGUUUUAUGUAUUUAUUUUUUAUUUUUUUGGUUUAAUUGACCGGUUCUGUGUUUAAUACUUUUUAUCUGUAACAAAGAGCUGUUUAAGAUUUUACACAUGUUAAGUGAGGUGGUGGGAUUGUUCAUUAUGGCCUCUGUUUCUGACACUGUUGGGAUGGGACUUUCUGUAUCAGUGCAAAUAAGGCACAGUUGAUGUUCUACACAGAGGCAGAAACACCAGUUUCUGCUUCUGUGCGUUCUAACCUCGCCAUGCUCACAGCUUUGGAGCAGAAUAUGUGACUAUCACUGGUUUACAUGACCUGUUUGAGUGGAACGUUUGCUGUAAGUUGUGCCAGUUGUGUUACCAUGCAUCUGAUGCUUUAGUUUGUGUUUGGCAAUACAGUCAGCUACUGUAUGCACACCAGUAUUCAUUCCCAGAGGGUUUGCAGUAGGACUCUGUGAUAUUUAUGCCACUGGCAAAUGUUUGUUUGAUUUGGUGGUGAAAAUAUAAAAGCUGAAGCUCCCUUA